GUCACUUGUUCCAUCCGGGUCCCGCUGCUCCGACGCAUGCGCAGAACCCGUGUUUCCUCAACCUCAACUUUGCCACCCAACUUCAGUCCUUAUUUUAGGUGUGAUCCACUAUCGGAUAUAGGAUCAACUUUAAAAAAUGUCGGUGCUAAACUUAAGUGAGGAUAUGGUGGAGUGCCCACUAUGUAUGGAGCCGUUGGAGAUGGACGACCUAAACUUCUUCCCGUGUACGUGCGGGUACCAAAUAUGUCGGUUCUGUUGGCAUCGGAUCCGGACAGACGAGAAUGGUCUUUGCCCCGCCUGUCGGAAGGCCUACCCUGAAAACCCUGCAGACUUCAAGCCCUUAUCGCAUGAAGAGCUGCAGCGAAUAAGGCAGGAGAAGCGUCAAAAGGAUGCGCAACGUAAGCAAAAGGUGACGGAGAACCGAAAACACCUCGCCAAUGUCCGUGUGGUGCAGAAGAACCUCGUGUUUGUGGUUGGUCUCUCUACGCGGCUAGCAGAUGCGGAGACGUUAAAGAAACCAGAUUACUUUGGGAAAUUUGGAAAAAUUCAUAAAGUUGUUAUAAACCACAGCACUAGUUAUGCCGGGUCUCAGGGUCCAAGUGCAUCAGCGUACGUCACCUAUCAGCGUGCAGAGGAUGCACUUAGAGCUAUCCAAGCUGUAAAUAACAUCCACGUGGAUGGGCGGACGUUGAAGGCCUCCCUUGGUACCACCAAGUACUGCUCCCACUUCAUGAAGAACCAGCAGUGCCCUAAACCAGACUGCAUGUAUCUUCAUGAAUUAGGAGAUGAAUCGGCAAGCUUUACGAAGGAGGAGAUGCAGCAGGGUAAACAUCAAGAGUUUGAAAAGAAGCUUCAAGAUCAUUACUUAGGGAUAUCUUCAUCUGAAAAAAAUAGCAGCAACCCAAUACCUACACCACAACCAGCCACCUCAGGAAAUACCACUUCGAGUUCUAGUAAGCGUUCAGCACUGGGUGGGGGCAAGGAGAACACGGCCCCGAAAGAACAGCCGGCAGCAGCCCUCACCCCAGAUCCCGACUCAGGCGAGGCAUGGCCUUCUCUCCACGCAAUAGCCACCAAAGAAAGUAAAAAAUCCAAAGGCAGUAAAGGUGAUAGAAGUAAUGGCUCGACAAAACACACCGAUACAGAUGAGCAUAAUAAUAAUAACAAAAAAGGAAAUAAGGAAAGAGAAAGAGAAAGAUCUAAUAAUGCAAGAAGCAGCAAUGGCAGCAGUGCCAGCAGUAGCUGUAGCACUGUCAGCAACAGUAGCAGUAGCAGCAAUAGCAGCACAAGUGGCAGUAGUAGCAGCUCAAGUAACGGUCUGGGAGUGGAUAUGGUGAACCACAGCGUGAGUCCUGUGGUGACAUCGUCUCCAUCCUCGGCACACGAGAGCUGCACCUCAUCUGCCUCGACAACACCGCCCCCUUCAUUCGACACCCCCAUCAUCCCUCCCUCGCCUCCUCCCAGUUCCACGUCCCCCAUGCCGGUAUCCUGCGCGGGGGAGAUCCCUCAGGAGGAGUCCCCCCUACCCACACCGCCCUCGUCCCUCUCGUCAUCCUCAGAGCCCUCGUCGUCCCUCCCGUUACCACAACAGUUCUCACGCUCGGCUGCCGCAGCUGCUUCGCUCUUCUCGGACAACAGCAACAGUUUCUUUUCCUCUGGGCCUUCUCUUCCACUACAGCGAGCUACACCACCACUUCCACCAGCCUCGUCCCCACAACAACAGCAACAGCUCCACAACAGUCACACUAACAGUCAACAACAGCAACAACAUCAACAACAGCAACAACAACAACAACAACAACAACAGCAGCAGCAACAACAGCAACAACAACAACAACAACAACAACAACAACAGCAGCAACAACAACAGCAACAGCAGCAGCAACAACAACAACAACAACAGCAACAACAACAGCAACAACAGCAGCAACAACAGCAGCAGCAACAACAGCAUCAGCAUCAGCAGCAACAUACACUGCACAGUGCUGCCCCAGGUAUGUAUUGGGCCAGUAAAUCAGAAGUAUUCAAUAUGGACAGUGUAUUUUCCUCCCAGAAUCGCUCAAGUAACACUUGGAACUGUAUAUUUGAUUUUGAAAAGGGUGAAGAUAUUCCAGGGAUCAGUAAUUUAGUUGACGAUGAACUUGGUUUCGAUCCAUUUGAAGAAACUAACAAAGCACUAGCAGAAGAUAUAAAAAUAGAACAAAAGCAACAACAACUACAGCGGCACCAGCAGCAACUCCAACAGAACCAACACAACCAACACCAAAGUCAGCAUCAGCAUCCUCACCUUCAACGGCAACAGCAGCAGCAACAACAACAGCAACAACAAUUAAGACAAGGGUUAAAAUCAAUGCUGGACUACACGACUCCCAGCGGACAGUCUCGUGCCAGAUUGCCACCUCCAGGUUUCAAUGGCCUCAACAGCUUCAACUCCUUCGGAAUGCCUAGACAGAGUCAGCCCGAGCCCAGUAAACUAUUACCACCAUUCCUCAGUGGUCUAACGGGCAAUCCUAGCUUAGGGACACAAGGACUGGGGUCCCAGCCCGGGGUGCCGCCUCUGAAUGGCAUGGUGAACUCCAAUGGCCUGGGCAUACCUCCGGGCCUGGGUGGAAACAUCCUUGGCGGGGGUAACAUGAGUGGGCUCGGGAAUGGGGGUCUCUUGGGAGGCCUUGGAAAUGGGCUACCUCCACACCUCCUACCGCCUGCGUCCCUUCUAGGUAUGGACACACCUCUCAGUGCCUCACAAGGUCCUCCAGGUAUAGGAAUGCCCAAAGGAGAUGCAUUCCUCCUUAAAGAUCUUGAGAAUGGUCUUCGCAAUAUAUUCCCAGCCAUAAGUUCCGUUAGCACUAUGAACACACUCAAUACUGUCAACACACUCAACUCUCUCUCUGGAGCAGCCAACAACCCGACCUCACAAAAUAAUCCUCUUACAAGCUUCUUAAACAUGGCUCACCACCACCAACAGCAGCAACAGCAGCACCAACACCAGCAGCACCAACACCAGCAGCAGCAACAGCAUCUUUCUCAGCAUUCUCUUCUGCAUCAGCUGACAAUGAGCUCUCUGGCAAAUUCCCACAAAGCAUGGAGCAACAGUGGUGCUCCUGACCUCACAGUACUUGACCCGGCUAUUGUAUCAUCAGGACAGCUGACAGAUUCCCGUUCAGAUUCUCCUCCACACUGGAUGAAGACCAUGGAACAACUCACAGAAGGAGGCCCACAUCCCCUCUGGAACAACUUGCUGCCCUGCAACCUGACGUCCGGUGGUCUGCCAUCCGGGUUGGGUCCUCACACAGGCCCAGCGGGUACCGCGGCUCCCACACAGCGCUCCGUAGCACCCAUGUGGCCCCCAACCUCCCCACCACCAGGUUUCAACAAUAUCUCUCCUCUACACCACCCCAAGCAGCAUGAACCACACAAAAUUGACAGUAAGCAACAUUUCCUGCAGCAUUGUUGACUUUCAGAAUGUUUUGUACAAUAUUCCCGGAGUUUUUCUGCUCAGAUGAUGAGGGGGAUAUGAUUAUUGCAACUUAUUUAGCCAAAUAAAAAAUUUAAAAAACUAAAAAAAAAAAAAAAAGAGAGAAAAAAAACAUUGUUAGCCUUGCAAGGAAAAUGGAGAGUGAUUAGGCAACAGAACUAGUCAUUCACUCUUGGGAGAAAGAGCACUUCUGACACUUGUGGAGUAAAUAUCAAAAGUGUAACCUCCUACAUGGCUUAUGCUGUUAUUGAUGUCAAAAUAAUAUGAGAUUAGGCAUGUUUUACUUUUUCGGGUGUUGCUUAUGAUAAGUAUAUGACUGAAAUUAUAAAGAAAAAAACAAAAAAAGAGGAUGAAGCAUUACUGUCGAUGAGGAAGCACAGCCCAUCAUAGGAAACAUCAGAAUAUGAAGUAGAACUUGUGCUUCAUGAGGUAGAUGAGCAUGAUGAGGGUCUGUAUGUACUCCUCUCUACAGACAUAUUUAGCCAAGUGAUAUGCUUAUGAAAAAUGUCUUGCUAUCAUAUCGUUAUACACUAUCCUAAAGUUCCCCCCUCCCCCACCCACCCCCCUGCACACUUGUAAUCUGUUGCAGAAGUCAGUUAGCCACUUUUGAAAGCUAACCCCCCGAAAAACUUCCAAGUCUUCUGAAAAGUUGGCCAAAAUUUGUAGUUGAAGGAGAGGCAAAGAGGUCUACAGGCACUUGUAUUAUAUUAAUUCUUCCUCUCUUUCCAGAUCUCUAAUAGCGGUAAAUGGAGACGUUUAUAUCCUGUAUGAGUGAAGAUGAAUAUAGAAGAGUUUAUUAUAUUGAGCUCCAGCCCCUUGUCAACCUGUUCUAAACCAUUUAUGCGAAGAGCCUACAAGUCAUAUAGCCACUUGUUGAUGCAUUGUUUAGAGAGAAAACGGUAGACGGGAAGUGGAUUAUUUUUCUAAUUUGACCAAGUAAGCAGUGAAUCCUCAAAUGAAAUUUCAUCAUAUUUUUUAGAUGUUUCUAUUGGAUUUAAUAAAGUGAGAAGAAGAGUCCCUUUUUUUUUAACAACUUUGUAUAAAUAUUAAAAGCUUUACACCAAACUUUCCCUUUGCUGUUUUUGGCAGCCUAUUUAACUUGCAUGCAUUGAGAAUCCUAUUUUUUAUUACUCUUUAAGUUACGAGAUAGUACUGCACUUUUGACGGUCUUUACUACCUUUCCAACAUUUAGCUGAUGUUUCUUGAAGAGUAGUCAGGCAUUUUUCAAUUUAUUUAGUGUUUAACUUGACCCUGGUAUAAAAAUAAAAAUUGUCCGCUCAGUCGCCGGGAGCCAGAUCUUUUUGUCAUAUUGCAGAGGUCAACUUUCCGCUCACGACAACUAAACGGUUUUUAAAAAGACAAUGCCCUAGCACGUGACAAGUUUUUAAAGACUAUACAGGUGUGAAGGUAAUGGGGAUCAUAUAAAGGUACUUCUAGAGUGCUGGAUACUAAGGGAGUGUUGCCUUUUUUUCUCUUUUGUUUUGCCAAGACUGAAACAGGAUUUUUUUUCUGAGCACCAAGUUCGAUCGAGUUUGUUAAUACAUUGAAGUGUACUUUUUAACUUUUUACUUGACUACUACUGUGUGUAGGAAAACUUAAAGAUUACUUGUCUUUUGUAAACUUAGUUUUUUUGUUUUUUGUUUUUAUUCUUCUUUUUGAUCUUUUCUUUGGUUGGCAGGCUAUCUAUACUUGUUGUGUAGUUUAUUAUAUGUCUCACCUGCACCCUAAAUAUACCGGUUGGAAAUGGAGAAUUUUGAAGGAGGACUUGAAGGUGCAAGACGUUUGUAUUAGAUUUCUUUAUCAUAUGAUAUAUCUAUAUAUAUCUAUCUAUAUAUAUAUAUUUAUAUAAUAUAUAAAUAUUCACCCUUAGUACCCAGCAAUCAUAUCCGUGUGGUAACUCUUGUGCAUAUGAGAAUGAUAUUAUUCAUGUCUGUGCUACUUAUCAAUGCUGUAUACCUACUUCACGAGGCCCUUUCCCCCUCCCCCCUCCCCCCUCCCCACUCCCCACUCCCACAAGACUAAUAGGACCUACCUUCCAGUGAUUCCAUAAACGCUGCAGACUGUUAUCCCAACCCUCCUCUGGACAAUAUAUAUUUUUUUUCUUUUGUUCAUGUACGAGGAUAUGGAAGUGCUGCUCUCCCAUAGAAAGUAGUAAUUCUCCACUGCUAUGGAAAGGAAAAUUGUACCAUUUCUUUGUACCAUUUACUGCUGUUUGAAUCUUCAAAAGUGUGAUGAAAUGGGAGGGCUGGGGACUAUUUUAUAUCGCGUGCAGAAGAGAUGGCUGUCUUUAGACGCAGGCUGUCAAGAGUAGAAGUGAAUGCUGCUGGCGAGGAACAAACGUCAAGAGCUGGUCAAGAAGUUUGGUUCAUCUGGAGUGCAGACAUCGCAUCUACUGACUUGUACUAAUAUGACAUCUAUUAUAUAAUGUGGAUGCUAUGGUAUAUUCUAGGACAACCUUCAACCAAACAUUCUAAUCAGAAAAUAAAAUUCAAAACAUUUCA